AUCAAGUUGGUCGUGAAAAUCCAAUCAAUUAUUAACAAAAAGGGAGAAUUCGUUGCUAAAGUUGAAGUCCUCGGAAAAUGGGAAACAAGCCACGCCGCCAGCAAGAAAGAGUUGAAGUCGACGAGGAGGUGCGAACGGAGCGUCCCCAAAAAAGACCUACUUCCUGGCCCUUCUGGCGACUCGUCUACUGGCUGGGAGUCCUGAUCCUUGUGGCCGGCAUCGGUGUGGGCAUGUACUUCACCCUCAAGGCGGACUUCGGCGAGUGCUCCUCCUACGACGUGCGCUGCGAUUGACGACUCCCGUCGAUAAAAUACGAACUUUUAGAGAGAUGUCAGAGCUGCUCUUCCAACAAAACUUCUUUAAAUUAAGACCAUUGUUCUAAAAUCAACAACGUUAUAUAAACCAUCGCUGGAAGAUUUGACAUAUUCUUUAUAGGAUCAUUUAAGAAAAUCAUUAUUUAAUGCCAACAAAUUUGUAUAUUCAUUGAGUUAACACAUUAAGCUUGGUUAAAAUGUCGCUAUCAAUUCAUAUGCACUCCGUAUCCAAUGCUGUGUAUGGACUCUUCCAGCCAGCUUUUAAUUAAAUCUCGAUAUUGAAGCCUACCACAACCCCACCACUUUAUUGUUACCAAAUAAAAAGGCAAGGACGAAGCCAUACUAUCUCCUGUUCAACAUGCAUACACGCUUUGUGCAUGUGGAAUGUGUGUAAAUCUGGUGCUAUUCAAACUUAUUGGAGCGCUUCCUUUUGAUGGCGUCCUGGUUGACUCUUCAAUGGCGAAACACGUUUUAGUUGAAUGAAGCUAGUGAAUGCAGAUAUUUUGGCGUAUAUAAAAAACCAUGCCUUGCUUUGUCUUUAUCUAUUUUUGUGUUAAUUAAUAGUCCUUAAUGAAAAAGGUACAACGGUUUAAUAACCCUUUUUUUGUAAUGUAAUAAAAACUGAAAUGCUACCUAAAA